AGAAUUAAAAAUAAGGUAAACAAAUAGGAAAAUAAUCAUGUUGCAGUCAUAUGUGAAAACGAGAGAUCACCCAAUGUGAGAAAAAUAGUUGGAAGAUUGUUUAUGAUUCGAAUUGGAGAACAACUUCUUCACAUAACUAAACUUGGCAUGAGAAGUUGUGUUUUGUUUAAUUUCAUGUAGUGUAGUACUUAUAUUUAGCGUUCUCAAGAAAUAUAGAUUGGAUCUACCUUAUACCAUCGUAGUGAUUAAAGCGCGGUUCGCGUUCAAGUGUGAAAUAAUCGCGACGCUAUCAUAAAUCCAAAGUACAUUACCCUUAUUGUUGUCGCGCAAAAUUGAUCACCUUAACCAACCAUAUCCACACUAAUUUAUGGAGAUACUUGUAUUUUUUGUGCACACUUGACAACGAUUACCUGCCAACUCCUAUGAGAAGACCUAGUCACUGAACAUAAUUCCAACUCCAGUAGACUUUCAUGGGAUAAGUUGAAUGUAACUUCAUUAAAUACAUAUAUUUCAUCAUCAACUAAUGAUGAUCACCUUCCCUAAUUACGUGUGAAAAGCACCAUUAUAGCAAUUUAGCAAGUAUAUACAUAUAUAUAAUGUAUGUAUUUUUUUUAUACUUGCACCUGCGCCUAUAGGGCUACUGGCUACCUUAAAUAAUAAUUAUGGUUUGGUUAUGUGCUCAAUCGGCCAACUUAUUUUCUACUCUUUAUAUUGUCCCCUCUUCAACAGCCGCUUAGCACUAUAUAAUAUAUUUUUUUAUAGGAUCUUAAUUAGCACCAUAUAAUUAAUAUUCGAGCAGCCUGAAAAAAUGUAUCAUUUCUAGUUUAGACUUGGCUAAUAGUUUAUUAAGCAUAGACUUGGCUUAAUAAUAAUGACAAAGCAACCGCGUUUUCGGUGAGGCAAAACAGGUGCCGAUUUCCCUCCAAACAACCCCUUACCAAACAAAAGAUUUCCUUUCAAGCUCCCGGGCGUUGCAUGCCAGUGCAUUGUCUUGGUUAAUAUAUUCAGAAACCCUAUGUCGUAUGCUGCUUGCAACUUGGUGAACAGUUGCCUUCUUGAUCAAGCUUAGGGUUGCCAAUUCGGUUUUGGUUUUUUUUUCCGCUUUAAACCGAAUCAAUAAAGUACGUUUAUCGAUGUUUUAAUUAUUGGACUCAAACCACUUUGCAUUUACCUGUUUCAACUUUGGUUACGAUCGGAAUUUUUUUUCCGAAAACCACGUCACGACCGGCCUGAUACACAAAUUAAACACUGAUUACAUAACUUUUCCAUUUUCGAUUCCUUGGAACCAAAUCAAGUCAUUAAGAGGUUUUAAUAGUUUUCAAUGAACCAAAAUCAUUAAAUCGAUUAAUCGUUAAGUACGCCUUUACGAAAGAAAUUGUUUCAGCCGCUUUUUAGCUUGCAAAUUUAUUGUUCGGUUUAAAGUUUAAUCGAACCGAACCGAUACCCAACACCUGGUCAAACUACAGUAAAACCCCACAAAUAUAUGUAUGACUAUGAACUAUGAACCUUCUCUAUUAUUUCUACUUCAAAAAAUCAAAGCUACCGCGCAUGAAAUGUAUAGAUGCGGUCAGUCAGUCUUUCCCCAAUUUUUUAAAGCAACUAAUUAACAUCAAAACCCUAGUCUUCAACGCAUUAUUGCUGGUAUAAAUAAACUCCACCAUUUCCCCUUCUAAGUAAAACCAUAUUGAAGAAAGCAAGCAACAAUAUGAUACCCAAAAACCCUUCACUCCUCCUCCUCCUCAUAGGAGCCCUUUGGGCCUCCCUCUUCAUCACCAUCACCACCACUCCAGCCCUAGCUCAACCGCCGUUCCCUCCCUUCCCGCCGCCGCGACCGCCGGUCCCAUACCCGGCCCCACCAAACCCUAGACUCCUCAACGCCUACAUAGCCCUCACCGCGUGGAAAAAAGCCAUCACCUCCGACCCCAAAAACUUCACCUCCAACUGGUACGGCCCAAAUGUUUGCAACUACACGGGCGUCUACUGCUCCCCGGCCCUCGACGACCCCAAAACCCUAACCGUCGCCGGCAUCGACCUCAACCACGCCGACAUCUCCGGCUACCUCCCCGACCACCUCGGCCUCUUAACCGACCUCGCCCUCUUCCACGUCAACUCCAACCGCUUCGCCGGAACCCUACCCUACACCUUCCGAUACCUCAAGCUCCUCUUCGAGCUCGACGUCAGCAACAACCUCUUCGCCGGCGAGUUCCCCUCCGUCGUCCUCGACCUCCCUUCUCUCAAGUUCCUCGACAUUCGUUUCAACCGGUUCUAUGGAAACGUUCCGUCGAAGCUCUUCGACGUGCCUCUCGACGCGAUGUUCAUCAACGACAACAGGUUCGCGUCGUCGCUCCCCGCCAACUUCGGGAACUCGCCGGCGUCGGUGAUUGUCAUGGCGAACAACAACUUCGGCGGGUCGUGUAUACCCGCGAGUUUGACCAAGAUGGGGUCCACGCUGACUCAGAUUGUUUUGUUGAAUAUGGGCCUGAAGGGGUGUCUGCAGCCCAAUUUGGGGGAGUUGGGCCAGGUUAAAGUUUUUGACGUCAGCUUUAAUGAGCUGGUGGGCCCGCUUCCGGAGUCGAUGACUAGGAUGAAGAAGUUGGAACAGCUGGAUGUGGCCCACAACAGGCUGUCGGGGGAAAUACCGGCCGGUAUUUGCGCGCUGCCGCGUUUGAUGAACUUUACGUACUCGUACAAUUUCUUCGACAAGGAGUCGCCGGUUUGUCUCAGGUUGCCGGCGAGAGAUGACCGGCAGAAUUGUAUACCAAAUCGGCCGUUGCAGAGAUCGGCUGGGGAAUGUAAGGCGGUUAAUGCUUAUCCUGUUGUUUGUAGCUCUUUCGGAUGCGUGCCUCGCAGCCCCCCGCCGCCUCCACCGCCGCCGCCACCUCCACCUCCGCCAUCGCCACCACCUCCAUCACCGCCUCCACCAUCACCGCCUCCUCCACCGCCGCCAUCGCCGCCUCCACCAUCACCGCCUCCACCAUCGCCACCACCUCCACCGCCGCCAUCGCCGCCUCCACCAUCGCCACCACCUCCACCGCCGCCAUCGCCACCUCCGCCUCCACCGCCGUCGCCGCCUCCACCAUCGCAUCACUACGAGUACCCUUGGCCUUGACUUCGGCGAGGGUCUUUUUCAAGUUUCACGUUAUGACAAACAAGAGAGUGUGUAGAAUGUCAAAUUUUGAUUUUUUACUUAUUUUUUAGAAUUUAAUUAACAUGGAAGAUUUGAGUUUCAUUGUCUGGGUUUUAUUAUGUACAUCUUUGGUGCGUAGGUAAAAAUUAUUAUAAUUUUGGUACUUCCUAUAUUGACUUGAAUAAAUUAUAAAGGCUUGAUUCAUAUGCAUAACUCAUGUACUAUUUGGCUCAUAAGUACAGGUGUUUUAUAAAACAAAUUUUACGAUACAAAUUGAAUUUACACGUUUAAUGCUACAAUACGAAUUCAAUUUGUAUCUAUACAUUUGAGUAUAUAUUUAUUUAUGGUAUUAACUAAACAUGCACCUUAACUUUAGGAUACAAAUUCAAUUUGUGCAUUUAUAUUUUCGUAUAAAUUCUUUUAUAGUACAAACGGAACUUGUACCUUCGACAUUAUAGUACAAAUUUACAUGAAAAUACAGGUACUUAUGAGCAUCGUAAAUUCCUCAUUGUUAUAUAUGCAUAAUUUCAUAACUGGAUCAUAUAUAUUAAUUUGAGAAGAAAAAAUAGCAUUAAUCUAAAGACCAUAUUAUAAGGGGUAAAGAGAGAAAUUAAAUAUUUAUGCACCGUUGGCAUGUUUGUUUAAGCUUUGGACAAGAUGUGCGAAUGGUCCAGAUUGCAUAUUUCAUGAGAAGGUCCGUCUUAUAGUGAAAGGCAUAUUAAGAUCAGGAUAAAAUGAAUAACACAUGUUAUUCGGUUUGAUUCGGCUUAAAUGUUAAUUCGGUCAAUUUUUUUUUAAUUAUUCAUAUAUUUAUUGGAUAAGAAUCGAACCACAUUAUAUUCAUUUCAAUAUCAAAUUGUCGAUUUGAUCUGAUGCACUCCAAUGAGAACCAAUGAAUAAUCCAAUUCGUUCAAUAACCGAUGGAUUUAUAAUAUCCAAAUGUCUUCUCGACCGGCACAUAUAAAAUCCCCACUUGUUUCCUUGGCAGUUGGCCGCCGCCUUUUAAUAAUUGGCACUUGCAAAUGCCAAAUGCAACGCAGGCAGGCCAGAUCAAAGUAUUUUUACUUGUCUUAUAUUAUCUAACUUUUUUUUUCAAAAUAUAAUUAUAUAUAUUGAUCAAUAAAAUGGAUAAUUAUAUCAUAGAGCGCAACCAGACCACAAAAUUAAAGAAACGACUCGUAGUCGGAUGCAAAUGAAGGAUCUUCCUAGCCACCAAGUGAGCUAUCCUGUUAUUACUCCGACCUACAAACCGUAGAUUAAGCUCACUAUUAAGCGCUAAACGAUCCACAACUUCUACAAGCAGCGCACCCAUCUGACUAUCUCUUGUAAUCCCUUGAUUGAUUUUAUCAAUAACCACCUCGGUGUCACCUUUCAGUCGCACCUCGAAAAAGCCGGACUCAAUCGAACAUCUAUCUUUAUUUAUAGUGACGGAAGAAUACUUUUGCCACUUGACCUAAGCCAAUGUAACACAAUCGUAUUAUUAUUUUAUAGUUUUGUUACUGUUGUGGUUGCUAUAGAGUAGUUGUGCAAAUAAAUGUACAAUUACAACAUGAAAACCUAUACUUAGUUGAUAAUUUUGAGAAAUGAUGAAAGUUAAUAGAAUACGUUUAGUUAUUUUUUUAGAUUUCUUAUAGUAUUUAUGUUGAGACUAAGACAAAAGUAGAAAAACAAUGAGAUAGAAUAUUGUAGCGCGAUGACUUAUGUGGAAUUUAAGAGAGAAAGAUAUAUAAAAUAACAAUAAGGUUUAAAAAAUGUG